GGCCGUGUGUGUACGUUCAUGUGGUUGCUGUGCUGGGAGGGGACUCACUCAUUCACUCUCCCCAAAGCAAGCAACAAGCAUUCUUCUGUCUGUCUGUGUCGGUCUGUCUGUCUGUCUGUCAGAAUCCAAUCCACCCCCACCAUCCAUCACAUGUAUGUUGUGUAAAAGCCCUCAAUUGGUCACUCACUGUACAAGACAGACAGACAGACAGACAGCUAUGAAGGUAGGUAGGUAGGUAGCUGGCACACACCUAGUGGGAAGGAAGGGACAAACAGCGGGUCGGCACAUCGGUACGUACGUCCACCUAGGUACCUGUCUACCCGAGCUGGCUGGACUGACUGGUCCACACCGAUAAACCCUCUCUCUCUCUCUCUUUCUCGCCCUCUCCGCCCAUCCAAGCGAGCAGCACGGUAGGUACCCUGACGCACUCAAGUCACACUGCAACAAAACGGCACUCACCCCGCCCCGCCCGACCCACACCCGCAAUCACACACACUUUCACAACGUGGGGUAAAAAUCCCAGUAGAGCAGCCAGCCGGCCAGCCCGCCGGCCACGUCCGGCUAUAUGUACACUCACCCACUCCCUCUCGGCUCUCCCGUAUUCACUCACUCAGUCACUCCCCUGUCUGUCUGUGUGGCGCUCGCCACAGGUUCCCCUACUGCUACACGAGCGGCACUGGCGCCUCUCUUCUCGUCCUGAGGCUGGUGGCCGUUGGGCCGCUCGGUUGUCGGUGGCUUCUGUUGGUCGAUGGGCGCAACAAGCGACCCCGUGUGUGCGUCGGCAGCAGGGACAGUGGUGUUUGCUGCUGCUGCUGCUGCUGCUGUUGUUGUCGCGCUUGUGUUUGGCUUCUGAGCGCGGCUGUGAGACUCGAUGAACUCAUCCCACCUGGCCACACACACAGCAGAGAGAAAUCAAACACAUGGGUGGGUGAGUGGCACGCUGCGCUGCUCGUGUGUACCGACCGACCGUUUGGCGGCCUCCUUGGAGAAGGUCCGCCAGGAUGCCUGUGCUUGGGUGGCGCUGUGGGCGAGCGCCGUGCGGGCAUCCUUUUGAACUGAACAGACAGACAGACAGACAAACCAACAGCAGACCAAUCAGUGAGUGAGUGAGCAGUGGUGUGUGCGCGCGUGCGUAUGUGUGUGGGUGCUCACCCGUCCCAUCUGCAAGUUUCUUCCAUGUGGUCUGGACGUUCUGCGAUAUCUGGUGCCGCUCGUCGAAGGCCUGCAGCUUGUCCAGCAUCUUGUGCUGACGCGACAGACAGGCAUCACACAAAAAGCGUAUGUCACGUAUGGUAUGCGUGUGCCACGAAAAAAGCGGGCUAACCUGUUUGUCCAAGUCUUCGAAGCGCUUGAAGGCGCGCUCAUACACUUUCCACGCCUGAUGAAUAUGACCACAGCAUACACACGCAGAGAGAGAGAGAGGGAUCGAUCUUUACACCCAUUCUCGCAAAGGCCGCGCGCCGGCAUGUGCGUGCACACACUCACCCUGAAUUUCAUCUUGAGGUCUUCCACGAGAUAUCUCCACUGGUAGAAGGCCAACACGAACAGACGGCCCGUCGCGCGCACCCAACGCGACACCCUGCACACACACGUCCCCCAACAAGAAGACAAAGAGGUGUGCUGACGUGUGUUGUCUGCCCCAACAAAAUCUCUACUUCGGACCUGCCAGGUUUGUCAUAGUUGUUGAUCGCCCACACCAACCCGAUCGCCGCACCCAGCCAGCCCCGCUGCAGCAGCUGGACCCACACACGGACAACACGUGGAUGUGACGGUGCAGGUGUGUAAAUCGGUUCUCUUACCCCCUUUGAUACAAUAAGUCCGAGCAGUGCCCCCGCCACACUGCAUGCUGCCAGCAGCUGCUCCUCGUACGGAAUCGACAGCUAAACGAGCGAGCCAUCAAUGAGUGAGUGCACUGCCAACAUUUGGCUGGUAGAUAGAUCGUGGAAUGGGUGUGUGUUUGCUGACCAGCUGUAGCAGCUCAGGCGGGACGACUCGCUGACGCAUGCUGCUGUCCAUUGUAGCGCCGCCCUUCCCACCACUGCACUCGGCACACACUCAGACAGAGAAACAAAGAUACAUGGGAAGGUCGUUAGGGUGUGGUGUGCCCACGCGGCCGCCCACCUGCUCUCUGCGGCCACAGCUGCCUUGGUUGCGAUGGCGAGCAGCUUCUGCUGCUGCACUUGCUGCUCCUUGAGCUGUCGCUCCAGCUCCUCUAUACGCACCCUCAGCUUUCCCGCCUCGCUCUCAGGUUCAGAAGCGGCGUGCCGGCCUCCUUUCUUGGACAUCAUGACGUGCACCAUCGGCCGCCGGCUGAUCCACGGCAGGGGUCUGCAUGGCUGGAAGGCUGGCGAGUGGUGCAGGGGGGCUGUGCUGGCGAGUGAGAGGCACAUGAGCAACAGCACAGUGCUGAUGAAGCGAGUGCCGCAAGGGGAUGAACAAAACGGCGGAUCUUCUUCGCGCGAGGCGUCCUUCGCCUGUCCUGAACCCAUCGUACAUCACAUUAGGGACUACUGCUGACGACUUUUC